GGGCGGGAAGUCGUGGGAAGGGUAGGUUGUGGCGGUUGAAAAGCCGACGCCUGGCUGGGGAGCGGUGCCAGUGCGCGGUGGGUGCUGCCAGGGGGAGGCAAGAGGCUAGCAAGUUCGAGUCCCGCCUCCGCCAGCCUCAACAGGGAGCUGCUUCUCUGGGCUGCUGCAGUCCGCUGAAGGGCGAGGGGAGAUCUGAGUGGUUGGUUGUUUUCCUCUCUGUCCCCAUUUUUCUCCGUGCGCGGAGGCCGCGGCUUUCUCUGUUGGGCGCCAGCCCGCAGGGACAGAGUUUGCUAAGAGUUUGCACGGACUUCGGGCCCCGGCCUCCCGCCCUGACGCCGCCAUGCCCGUCUUCCACACACGCACCAUCGAGAGCAUCUUGGAGCCGGUGGCCCAGCAGAUCUCCCACCUGGUCAUCAUGCAUGAGGAGGGGGAGGUGGACGGCAAGGCUAUUCCGGACCUCACCGCCCCUGUGUCGGCCGUGCAGGCCGCUGUCAGCAACCUGGUGCGGGUUGGAAAAGAGACUGUGCAGACAACAGAAGACCAGAUCUUGAAAAGGGAUAUGCCACCAGCAUUUAUCAAAGUGGAGAAUGCCUGUACCAAACUUGUUCAGGCAGCCCAGAUGCUGCAAGCAGAUCCUUAUUCAGUACCAGCUCGUGACUAUCUAAUUGACGGAUCAAGAGGCAUCCUGUCUGGAACAUCAGACUUACUUCUGACAUUUGAUGAAGCAGAGGUCCGUAAAAUCAUCCGUGUCUGCAAAGGAAUAUUGGAAUAUCUGACGGUGGCAGAAGUAGUAGAGACUAUGGAGGAUUUGGUUACAUACACAAAGAAUCUAGGGCCAGGAAUGACAAAGAUGGCCAAAAUGAUUGAUGAGAGGCAACAGGAGUUAACUCAUCAGGAACAUAGGGUUAUGCUGGUAAACUCCAUGAAUACUGUGAAGGAGCUAUUGCCAGUACUUAUUUCAGCUAUGAAGAUUUUCGUAACGACAAAAAAUUCUAAAAGCCAGGGAAUAGAAGAGGCAUUGAAAAAUCGCAAUUUCACAGUAGAGAAAAUGAGUGCUGAGAUAAAUGAGAUAAUCCGUGUACUACAACUCACUUCCUGGGAUGAAGAUGCAUGGGCGAGCAAGGACACUGAAGCCAUGAAGAGAGCUUUAGCCUUAAUAGAUUCAAAGAUGAACCAGGCAAAGGGUUGGCUGAGAGAUCCAAAUGCACCUCCAGGAGAUGCUGGUGAGCAAGCAAUAAGGCAGAUCCUUGAUGAAGCUGGAAAAGCAGGAGAACUGUGUGCAGGCAAAGAACGCAGAGAGAUUCUGGGAACAUGCAAAACACUGGGCCAGAUAACUGAUCAGCUGUCUGACCUCCGAGCUAGAGGGCAGGGUGCUACCCCCAUGGCCAUGCAGAAGGCGCAGCAGGUGUCACAGGGUCUGGAUUUGCUCACUGCAAAAGUGGAGAAUGCAGCCCGCAAAUUGGAGGCCAUGACAAACUCUAAGCAGGCAAUUGCUAAGAAGAUUGAUGCUGCUCAGAAUUGGCUUGCAGAUCCUAAUGGGGGCAGUGAAGGAGAAGAACAUAUUCGGGGAAUUUUGGCUGAAGCCAGGAAAGUUGCCGAAUUAUGUGAGGAGCCUAAAGAAAGAGAUGAUAUCCUUCGUUCUUUGGGGGAAAUCUCUGCUUUGACAGCUAAGCUAUCAGAUCUGCGGCGACAUGGGAAAGGUGACUCUCCUGAGGCCCGUACAUUGGCUAAGCAAAUAGCUACAGCGCUUCAGAACUUACAGUCUAAAACAAACAGGGCUGUAGCAAAUACAAGGCCAGUUAAAGCAGCUGUCCAUUUGGAGGGCAAGAUCGAGCAAGCCCAGAGGUGGAUAGACAAUCCUACAGUUGCUGAUCGGGGAGUAGGCCAGGCAGCAAUUCGGGGUCUGGUCGCAGAAGGCCGUCGUUUAGCCAAUGUCAUGAUGGGACCUUAUCGUCAAGACCUGCUUGCCAAAUGUGACCGUGUGGACCAGCUGGCUGCUCAGCUGGCUGACCUUGCAGCCAGAGGGGAGGGAGAGUCUCCUCAGGCCAGGGCAAUUGCUGCUCAGCUCCAGGACUCGCUGAAGGAUCUUAAAACACGGAUGCAAGAGGCAAUGACCCAAGAGGUUUCUGAUAUUUUUAGUGACACCACAACUCCUAUUAAAUUGCUAGCAGUAGCAGCCACUGCUCCUUCCGAUGCUCCCAAUAGAGAAGAGGUGUUUGAGGAAAGAGCAGCAAACUUUGAAAACCAUGCUGCUAGACUGGGAGCUACAGCAGAAAAAGCAGCUGCAGUUGGAACUGCGAAUAAAACUACUGUGGAGGGCAUCCAAGCAACAGUGAAGUCAGCAAGGGAACUUACGCCACAGGUAGUAUCAGCUGCUCGUAUCCUUCUGAGAAAUCCUGGAAAUCAAGCUGCUUAUGAACAUUUUGAGACAAUGAAAAACCAAUGGAUUGAUAACGUAGAAAAAAUGACAGGGCUGGUGGAUGAAGCCAUUGAUACUAAAUCUCUGUUGGAUGCAUCAGAAGAGGCUAUUAAGAAAGAUCUUGAUAAAUGUAAAGUUGCAAUGGCCAAUAUGCAACCUCAGAUGCUGGUAGCUGGUGCCACCAGCAUUGCUAGACGAGCAAACCGCAUCCUACUAGUAGCAAAACGGGAGGUUGAAAAUUCAGAAGACCCUAAAUUCCGUGAGGCUGUUAAAGUAGCCUCUGAUGAGCUGAGCAAAACCAUAUCACCAAUGGUAAUGGAUGCUAAGGCUGUGGCAGGAAACAUUUCCGAUCCUGGUUUGCAGAAGAGUUUCUUGGAUUCUGGAUACAGAAUUCUGGGAGCUGUGGCCAAAGUUAGAGAAGCCUUCCAGCCUCAGGAACCGGACUUUCCCCCUCCUCCUCCUGACCUUGAGCAGCUUCAUCUGACUGAUGAGCUUGCUCCUCCAAAACCACCACUUCCAGAAGGUGAGGUUCCCCCACCCAGACCUCCGCCACCUGAAGAAAAGGAUGAAGAGUUCCCAGAGCAGAAAGCAGGAGAAGCUAUUAAUCAGCCAAUGAUGAUGGCUGCUAGGCAGUUGCAUGAUGAAGCCCGGAAAUGGUCUAGCAAGCCUGAUGUGACUGUGAUUAAUGAAGCGGCUGAGUCUGUAGAUAUAGAUGAUGAGGAUGAUGCAGAUGUUGAAUUCACUCUCCCCUCUGACACUGAAGAUGAUUACGAGCCUGAGCUGCUGUUAAUGCCAACCAAUCAGCCUGUUAACCAGCCCAUUCUGGCUGCUGCUCAGUCUCUACAUCGGGAAGCAACCAAGUGGUCUAGUAAGGGUAAUGACAUCAUUGCUGCUGCUAAACGAAUGGCACUGCUAAUGGCGGAGAUGUCGCGCCUGGUGAGAGGAGGCAGUGGAAACAAGCGUGCCCUUAUUCAGUGUGCAAAGGAUAUUGCUAAGGCAUCAGAUGAGGUCACUCGGUUAGCCAAAGAGGUGGCGAAGCAGUGCACUGACAAGCGCAUCAGAACAAACCUCUUGCAGGUCUGUGAGCGAAUCCCAACCAUCAGCACACAACUGAAAAUUCUUUCCACUGUCAAAGCCACCAUGCUGGGCAGAACUAAUAUCAGUGAUGAAGAGUCAGAACAGGCAACUGAGAUGUUGGUUCAUAAUGCCCAGAAUCUCAUGCAGUCUGUGAAGGAAACUGUGAGGGAAGCUGAAGCAGCAUCCAUUAAAAUAAGAACAGAUGCUGGAUUCACUCUUCGCUGGGUCAGAAAGACCCCAUGGUAUCAGUAAACACUUUCCAUGUUAAGUAUUCUGUAACAUAAAAUGCCUUUUUUUGGAAACAGAAAAGAUAUAUCAACAGCAAAAUGUGCAGUUUACAUGAGUUGAAGAUUAGCGUAUGCUAAUGCCCCAUUCUAAGGGCAUGAAUUAUAAAACAAUGCAUUUCAAAUGUCUUCAGAACACAUUUGGUAUCAAACACCUCAAAAUUGCUUCCAACAGUUGAUAGUUCUUAUAUUUUUUUUCUUUUGAAAAUUCUCUUCAUGAAUUCUGUACUCCCAGAAGCACAUUUCAUUUUAUGCACUGUAUGUUCCAGUAGUUUCCAUGUCAUGACAUAAAACAUGGACCUCACUUUAAGCUAGUGUUGAAAGUCUAGGACACUAUGGAUUACUUGGCAGUUUUUUAGGGACAAUCAUUGAUGUAGAGACAUUCAACUCUUCAACAGGAGUUCAGCUGGCUGUUCUUAAACCAUGCAGAAAUGAUGGAAGGUCUGGGGUUUUUAAUUAAAAUCAGGGGGCAACAGAACUGUUGUAAAUUGAAGAUGAAAAUUCCACGUCCAAAAUUCUUUUUCUUUUUGCCUGGCAAUAGUACUGCAACAAAAACUGGAGCUGUCUUUGAGAGCCUGGAGGUAGGCGUUCCAGACCUUGUGUACUGUACUGAAAUGCUUUGCAGUGCAUGUUAGGGGCACAUUGCCGAAGGCUUGAGCCUCAGCAGCUGGAGACCUUCAAUCACGGAACUCUUUCCUUGCUCAACUCAGUAACGUAUUGAGCUGAAAAAUCCUGGUUCUCUUCAGCUGGCUGCAUGUCCAGGACCAGAAAAUGCCACAUGCUGGCUCUUUCCUUUUGAAAACAAGAUGAGCACAUGCAAUUAUUCUUUUUUUUUCCUUUUCUUGCCCUCUAGUGUCAUUCCAGCCACUCAAGGUGGAAAUUAAAAGAUGAAGACAUCAAAUUUUAAAAGACCUCAUGUCUCACUGCCCUUCUUUCCAACAAUGCAUAAGCUUUUUGAACCCUUUUUCAGUAGUCUGGCUACCAGCAAAUGGUGCUUCCUAAUGCUGAAUUAAUUAGGAUAUUUUUACUGGUUUUGACAUUGUGAGUUUGGAGGCUCAAAAUCUUUUUUUUCAAGUUCUAAUACUGAAUUGAACCAACUGUAUCUUUUAAAAAACAGACAAAACAAACAACGAAGUCACAACAAUAACCCACAAAAUCCCCCCAACCCUAUUACCAAAAUAGUCUUGGGAUACUUUUAUCCUUCCAUAGUUGAACAUGCCUUAUAUAUAUAUAUGUACACAUUCAUUUAAUUACUCCAUAGUAUCUUUUGGCAUAAAGGAGAAGGAUUGUUUUAGAAUGAGUCUCUGCUCACGGGCAAGGAACACUUGCACACUUCUGCCCGGAUCAGCACUGACCUCAAGAUGCCCUCCUAAUUUGCUGAGAAUUGUUGCACAAUUAAGCCACCUUUAGUAUAAGUGCCCUUGUGGAAAAACUGCUCAGUCUUAACAGCUCAAAGAGACACACAGCGUGGUCAGCUGCCCUUGACCUGUCGCGGUCAGCUGUCCUUUACCUGUCUGCAACAGUUACUCCACAGCUGGACUUUCUCCCCUCCACCCUCCGCCCUUCAUUGCACUGUUAUCUAAAAAGGGAAGUUAAACCGAUUGUACAUCUGCCUCAAACUGACCUUGGCAAGAGCAAGCACGCCUUUGUCUUUAAUUCACUCCUGGUGUCUGGGUAUUGCAAAAUACGUGGUACUUCAGAUCUCUCCGUAGUGCUCUCUUCCUGCAAUUUACCUGCAACAGGAAGAGGAAGGAAGGGGUGCCAGAGCCUUAACCUGAAUGUCUUGCAUUUGAUUGGUUUAUACCAGAUUUUUAACAUAAUUGUAUUGUAGUAAUUUCUAUUUAAUAGUAAAUAACACUGAAUAGGUAGGGGUUAUUUCUAAGGGAUUUUCCAAAUAGUCUUCCUGUAUUACUUUUCAGUGCUCCUCACAUUUCCUCUCCCCCACCCCCCUUCAGGCUUCUCUGUGAGGUGUUUUGUUGUUUUUUAGCAUCACUGUUUAGUUGCUUGACUGAUAUUAAUGCAAUAUUACUAAUGCCUUUAAUACAUAAUUGUUUAUGCCAAAGAUCACUUUUUGUUCAUUGAGGAAUGUUUGCAGGGAAGUUACGAAUCAUGGUUGCCUUUGAUACUCUUCCAGAAUGUUUGCUAUAAGUUCUCGAACUGUUUUGUAGAAGCUGAGAUACUUGUCCACCUUAUGCAAUUACUGCUUUUUUGAACACUAUUGGUCUACAGACCGAAAAUGCAGUGAAAAUUUGAAAAAGACCAUGAAUGUCACUUAAAAAUGUUUUACCACUAUAAAACUUUGUUUAUAAGCCAAAAUGUAUUGUAUAGUCUAAUGUUUUCAGCCUUUCUUUGGUUCUGUGAAAACAAUAAAAAUGCAUUUGUACAAA